AAAUUCUGAUCAGGGUUAGUGAAGGGAAAACUUUUAAAGAGGCUUUUGAAAUGAUCCUACCUAAGAGGAAAGAAGUUGUAUCCCUUAUAGAAGAGAACAGCAUUAAUCAGGAUGGACAAUCGAGAAGACAGUACCUCUCCAGAGGGCGAAUAUGCUCCCGAAUUACUGGAUUUGGUCCCCAAAAACCCAAAAAACUCUACUAGGGUCAGCCUUUUAAUUGAAGCCCUUGUAAGGAGUGUUGUUUUGGCAUACGAAAGUGACCGAGAGAGGGGUAAAAGAGCCUACAAAAAAAUCUGCCGCAGCCUCCAACACAUGGGCUUAAUAGACGAGAGUUGGAACAUGUUGGAACUGGAAGGGGCAAGGGUCCAGUUCGAACAUGCCUUAUUCAGGCUUUUAAAUGGAGACAUAAAGGGCCCAUCAUCACCACUCCUGAUGCCAGAGUAUUAUUACACUUCUCAAUACAAGAGGGAGUUUGAUGAGUUUGAAAAACUUGGUGGUGGAGCUUUUGGCAAGGUUUAUAGGGUGAAACACAAACUGGACAGUUCGGAUUAUGCGGUUAAAAAGAUCCCUAUACAUUCGGAAGGAUUGGAUAGUGUGAAAACAUAUCUUUCGGAAGUAAAAACUUUUGCCAGUUUGAAUCAUCCUAAUAUAGUUCAAUAUAAAGCUGCUUGGUUGGAGUUAGGGAUACCACCUGAUCUAAAAUCUGUUGAUGCUUCUUGGAGCCAAGAAAAACUACCUAUUCCAGAACAAAAUGCUGUUUUUCAACUUUUACCGUCCAAUAAACUGUCUGAUCCAUCUUUUAGCAAAAUCAGUGAACACAGUAAUUCAACAUUUGAAAUUGCUUUUAAAAGCAGUUUACCAGAUGGGUCUGGUGAUGUAGGAUUAAGCAGUUUUAGAAAAUUAAGUGCCUCAGCAGAAACAGUAUUUUUCAACAAAGAACCAUCUCUUGGCUCACUAGAUGCCAAACAAUCUGACCCAAACUCUUAUUUUGAUGUGGUUUUUGAGCAUAGCAGCUCCAGCCCAAGCAAAUCAGAAAGUUCCUCCCCAAGAAGUCAUAAAGCACUAAUCACUAAACACCAAAACCGUCCUAAAAAAAAGAAAUUAUGUUGGGCCACCUUGUAUAUACAGAUGGCUCUUUGCCAUGGUACUUUAGACCAGUGGCUAAGGUACAGAAAUGAUUCUCUUAACGCCGAAUUAGCUGUAGUAGUAACAAACUCGGAAGCACUUAGAACCAAAGCCAUCGAACAAAUCCUCAUACAGAUUUUAAGAGGAUUAAAAUAUAUUCAUUCGAAGGGAGUGGUGCACCAUGACAUUAAACCCAGUAAUAUCUUCGUGUCGGCUGAGGCGGGCAAUUUAUUGGUUCAGUUAGGGGAUUUUGGGUUGGCGUGUCCCUUGCAACGGGGUAGGCACGGUUUUGCUAGAGGGACCCCUUUGUAUGCCGCUCCAGAACAACUGUCUGGACAUUGUAAUCCUAAGAGCGACCUCUACUCGGUCGGCAUCGUCCUGUUCGAACUCCUCGAAGAUUUCACCACCGUAAUGGAGCGCACGCGCAAAAUAUCCGAACUCCGUGCCCGAACCGAUCCGCCGAUACCACCCGAUUUCACACUGGGCAACUUGGUGUCGGCCUUAGUGCGGCGCAGAGCCGCUGAACGUCCCGACGCCGACGCACUACUGCAAUCGCUGGAAAAUCCGCAGCGCAACGUUUCGAACGUACAACGUCUUCAGGAACUGCUCGGCGAGCGGGAGAAGGAAAUCGAGAGGCUCAGGGAGCUUUUGCGCAAACAUGGUAUCAAAGAGGUUUAAUUUAUUCAUUAAUUUAUUUACUAGGACACGUAAGAUUUUUAACGGUCUGUGAUAUGUUGUUGUAACGUAAUGUCUUUAGUUAAGGGCUCGAAUUAUCGUUUUUUAAGCUCAACUAAAAUGUUGUUUUUUAUAAAGUCCAUUUUAACGGUCAAGAGGUUUUUUUGACUUCGAGUGACAAUAAAUGCAUUUUUAUACUA